AUGUCUGAAGUCGAGGCCAAACUCCCUAGAAAACGUUUCUAUCGUCAACGUGCUCAUGCCAACCCUUUCUCUGACCAUCAAUUGGAAUACCCUGCCGAACCCAAAUUGAUGGAUUGGACUAGACAUUACCCUCAGUAUUAUCCUGCCAAAGAAGGAGAGGAACAAAAGAAGGUGGAAUUUGCAGAUAUUGGCUGUGGUUACGGUGGUCUCUUGAUUGCUUUAGCACCUCUUUUCCCUGACAAAUUGAUGCUUGGUAUGGAGAUCCGUACCAAGGUCGAAGACUACGUAUACGAAAGAAUCAAGGCACUCCGUAUUCAGAAGCCUGGAGAUUAUCAAAAUGUCUCCAUCAUGCGUAUGAAUGCCAUGAAGUUUUUACCCAACUUUUUCGAAAAGGGUCAACUUUCAAAGGUCUUUUUCUUGUUCCCUGAUCCUCACUUUAAACAAAGAAAGCACAAGGCUAGAAUCAUUAGUUCCACCUUGUUGGCUGAAUAUGCAUAUGCUCUUCGCGUAGGUGGUAUUUUAUACACCAUUACUGAUGUCAAAGAUUUACAUUUGUGGAUGGUGAAGCAUUUGGAUGAACAUCCUUUAUUCGAGAAAUUGACAGACGAGGAGUGCGAGAAUGAUCCUGCUGUUCCUCAUGUUCGCACUGCUACAGAGGAGGGUAAGAAGGUUGCCAGAAAUCAAGGCGACAAGUACCUCGCAUGUUAUCGCCGUAUUGAAGACCCAUUCUACAACAACUAA